GUUCUGCCAGGGGACGUGAAUGUACACCUUAUUCCAGACGAGGCAGAGCAGCGGGACGGUAGGGAACAGCGAGGAACAAGAAGGGACGGCCAGCAGCUGUUCCCCAAGGACGUCGACAGCAACGACGAUAACGAUGACGAUGACGGCCACACCGACAACGCCGACGUCGACGAUGACUGUCACGUCAAUGGCGUUGCCGUUUGUGCCCGCGGAAUCAGAAGCGUCGUUAUCGUCCACCACGACGGACCAGCAAUACCGGGAACGGCUACAGGAUCAGUCCCAAGCGACGACUUGCCCGAUCGUAGCAACGUCGUCCACCACGUUCUCAUCAGCUUCGUCGUCCGCAGAGACCGGCAAGUUGUCGGCGAACGUACUCUUCUCGUUGCCCGCGUCGCCGAAAAGACCACCUCCUGCCUCGUCCAGUAAGACACCUUCUAUAUCCAAGUCCCAGAUGAAAGAGUUCAGAGAAGCUUUCAAGCUGUUCGACAAGGACGGAGACGGAAGUAUCACAAAGGAGGAACUUGGAAGGGUGAUGCGUUCGCUUGGACAGUUCGCGAGGGCUGAAGAGCUGCGCACGAUGCUGCAGGAGAUUGACAUAGACGGAGAUGGGAAUGUCAGCUUCGAAGAGUUCGUGGAAAUCGUGAGCAAUAUAGGAGCCAACGAAACCGCCCCCACCGACCAGGAUCAGGAAGAGCAGGAGCUGAGGGAUGCGUUUCGGGUAUUCGACAAGCACAAUCGUGGAUACAUCACCGCGUCCGAUCUCAGAGCUGUGCUGCAGUGCCUCGGCGAGGACCUGUCCGAGGAGGAAAUCGAGGAUAUGAUCAAGGAAGUGGACGUGGAUGGGGACGGUCGGAUCGAUUUCUACGAAUUCGUCCACGCGCUCGGUGAAUCAGGGAUCGACGACGACGAGGAAGACGAAGAAGAGGAGGUGUUGUCCCCGGGCUACUAGGAUUUUACCUAUUCUCGUGUCUGUGUUAGAUAGAACGAAUUAACGACGAUCAAACCGUCAACGAACCGCGAGCGUUCGUCAUGUUCUUUUCCCCUCUGACAUUCACUUCGUUGCAUGUGUCCACGUGUCGCGGAUCGAAUUUGAAUGAAUUCUCUUCGAAACGUCCCAGCCUUCUGCUUUCGUUCGUUGUACAUUGUAACACCGAGAAAAAGAAACUCGAACGAAGAGGAACGAGAAAAAAAAAUUAACGAAAGAGACAGAGGAAAAAUUUGAAAUUCGCGCCGACGCGGAAGAUAGUUGCGUUUCGAAGCAACAGGUCGCGCCACCGUCUAAGCGAAGUCGCGGCGCCACUUUGAACUCGGCUUAGCCGUGACACUUGUUAUCUUUGGUCAAUGUCAGGGGACAGUUUCGACAAGUCCUAAUCGCACCUACCGUAAGAUCCGUAGAUACAACGCCUGGUGUGAUUUUAUGUUACACCUUUUUAAAAGAUUCGUCUCUUCCUUGCUACAUUGGCGCACAAUUAUUAUAUAUCGAAUC